UCUUGGAGCUUGGAGAUGUGGACAGAAAUCACGGAAGGAUACUUUAUCCGCGUGCCACCUCAGCCUGGUGGACAGGCCGCUUCAAGAAACCCCCGAAGAUUCCCCGUCGGCCCUCAUUUUUCUAGUUUCUCACUUUCUUCCCCUUCAAUAUAUCUCUAUGUGAAUUACAUUUUAUUUUGGUUUCUACAAGUCUCGAUAUGAGGGAACUCAAUGCACCACCGGGGAAGUCGGAUGCGAUAUCAUACACAUGCACCUGUGGGGAGCCGGGGUUUGUCCUUUUGUUCUACCUUUACUGGGCCAAUUCGCACAUGCUUCCAGAACAGUACCUACCAGAAACUAUUGAUCCUGAAAAGCUUGCAGAGUUCCACCGCGAACAAGGGGGACUUUGUAGCCUAAGCGGCAAGAUACGAGUCUCGAAAGAAGGUUUUAACAUUACUGUCGCAGGUAGUGAAGAGGAUAUCCAGAGGUACAUCACAGCCUGCUGUUCGCACUGGAGCUUUUCGGGGUUAGGGCUGGGCUACGACACCUCCGCCAGCACAGCAUUGCGGGAGAAGGCCCAAAGAACAAGAGAUGAGUUCUUCAAACCGACUCCCGGGUGCCGCUGUGUCUUUGAGGGGAUCUUAAAUGUCAGGGUUACGGCGGAGAUCACGCCACUGGGAGUAACCAACUAUUCGCCAUCAACAUGGGAAGCAGUGCAGGCACUUGAGCCAGCCGGAUUCCACCAGAAGUGUCUGGAUGAGAAUGUCAAGCUAGUUGAUGUGAGGAACUACUACGAAUCCAGGAUUGGCUAUUUCGUGUCUCCGACGACCGGGGAGGCAGUGAAGCCGCCCAUUCGGCGGUUCAGCCAGUGGCCACAGUGGGUGAAGGAGCACGGGGAUAAGAUUAUGGGGAACGACGAGGGGCUAGCGGGCCUUGAGAAGGGUAAACCGCCGCAAGUGUUGACGUACUGCACUGGCGGAAUCAGGUGCGAAAAGGGCGUCAGAUGGAUGGAAGAGUACAUGUCCAAAGAUGAGCUACGCGACCUGGGAGAGAUUUACACACUGAAAGGCGGCAUUGCGGCGUACCUCACCUGGAUGGAAGCCGAGAUUUCUGCAGGCAAUAAAAAGGCCGAAGACUCACUGUUCAAGGGCCGGAACUAUGUCUUUGACGCCCGGGGCUCGACGGGAUUAGCUGGAACCGAGCCAGUGUCGAAUUGUCAUAGCUGUGGUGCGCCCUCGAACCGUCUGAGUAAGUGUGUAUCGCCUGGGUGCCAUUUAGUGCUUGUAGUUUGCCCGGCUUGCGACUUGGGCAAUGUGAGAUGCUGCGACGACUGUUUGAAGCUGUGUCACGAAGAGCAGCUGGCCGACGCUAUGGGACACAGACGCCCAAAGCCUCUGUGCGAGUGUGAACAGGCUCGGGAGAGAGAGCUUUGGGCUGGCGAGAGAGUGAAGGAGCCUAAGACGCAGGGCUGGCGGAAGAAGAAGAGGAUGCAAGAUGGGUACAGGAAGAAGUUGGAUAUCAGGAUCAAGGUGGUAGAGUGAGUGCAACUUUACGCAUCAGGCUGGAUAUACUCCGAGUGGGCAUUCGACGAGUACCAAACGCUGCACGGACAAAUAACAGAGUCAUCGCGGACCAAAACCGAAGCCUGAGGGAGGCGAUAAACUGUAUGGGACGCGAUUUGCUCCGCCGUCAGUAUCAUAUUGGCCUUAUAUAGGAUACCUUGGAAGGAUAUCCUGGACCCGAGUACACCAAACAAGUUUUCGUGGGGUCGAGUUCUCGGACUUGCGUGGGAAUUUGUGAAAGCGUGCCGCUGGUAGGACCGAUAUUUGUUAUCCAGGCACCAACCGCGGGACGUCGGAUCAUCGCAUGCAAAUUGUCAGCGCCAACGAAUUGCAACGCACCACGACAAAAAAUCCAAAAAUGAGGCGCCCAAGUAUUACCCCUUUGAAUUAUAGCCAAGACAUUCCACUAUGUUCCCCUAUGCUCAAUUGGGCUGGCCGGACUAUCACGUGAACGCUAAGCCUCACCCAUCCACCCAUGUUCCAACAUAUAUAUCGAGUCGCGGGCGCCUGUCUCUUCUUUCCUCGUCACCACA